UUUAGUCCCCGCCCCUUGCUCGUGCACGGGGGAGGCGGGGUGGCCUCUCCUCUGGGGCCCAUGGAGCUGCCCACCAUCCACAAGUGUCUCCAAUGUUCAGGUUCAAACAGAAUCCCACUUAUGGCACGAGGGAGGUGGCAGUCACAACAAGGAAAUGAAAGUAGCAAGCAAAAGUGCCAGGUUACCAUGAGCAAUAUCGCUCUCUUGAGGAUUACACAGCGAGAUAAAGAACGGAUGUUGCUUGAAUGCCAGCAAACACCGGGACCAUACGCUGCCAGGCUUUGUCAUGCAUACCAGAUUACUUGGUGCAAGCAUGGCAUGGUCAAGUGUCCUACCAUGGAGGACGGAAUAAGGCUGCACUGCCCAGAAACCUUGUGGCAAGGCUUUUGGAGUACCUCCAGGAGAGCUUCAUGGAGAUGUCCCUGGAGGAUUUCUGCUCCAUCCCCAGACACGUUAACAGACUUUUCCAGUAGCUAUACUGGCCGCAAAUGCAUCCCAAGUCCUCAGGGCAAAGUAAUCAUUAAAAAAUGCUUGAUUUUAAAACAAGUUUUAUAUUUUAAAAGAAUACUUCAGAUGUAUAAUAACCUGCAGAAACAUUAUGACAGAGAAAUCAAAAUAAACCAGGAACAAAGUGAAACAAUUAAAAAUCUCACUAUUAAAAUUCAUGAGCUAGAGCAUCAACUUCAACUACAAAAGCAAAGAAUUGAGCAGCUGGAAUGUAAAAAGGUCUCCCAGAAGGACAACACUGUUUCUGGAGUAAGGACUCCAACAGCAGAGAGAGAAGUAACAUUUUCUCAUAGAUGCAUAUGUAAAAAGAAGGAAGCCUGUUCUUGCAAAUAUUUAGAGCUAUUGCUGCUUGAGAUUCAAAAGCUGAAGAAAAAAAAUGAGAAGUUGUCUAGAGAAAGGAGAAUGCAAAGAAAUGAAUUACCUGGAUUAGACAAGAUGACUACAAGAUGUGUGUGGCAGGUUACAAAACCAACAUUGACUCCCUUCUCCAAAGCACUUAGUCAAAGUAAAAACAAGAGAAGAAAACAGUAAAAUCUGGAGGCAUCUUUAUCAUGUAGUCUCUUUUGAAAGUAAUAGAUUCUGUGUCCCCUUUCAAGCUAGAGUUCUGGGUGAUUACAUUCUGCCUACUAUUGCUAAACUUCCUCUGUAAGUGAUUGGGAUAUGCUAUUCUUUUUCUGUCCUAAACUCUGAAAGAUUGCCUGUGCAAGUCAUUGCCUUGAUUCCUCCAUUACUGAAAUCCGUAUCCAUACCUUAGUCUCCUCUCUCCUUGACUAUUGCAGUUCCAGUCUUUACGGACUCACUCCUAACUCUCAGCUCUCCAGACUCCAUGAUGUGUGGAAUUCUGCUGUCUGGCUUUUGCAAAUACAGGGAAAUGUAACUACAUUUCCAUUAUCAGACACCUCUUUUGGCUCCUGAUUCACUUUGAGAUCCCAUUGAAACCCCUUUGGUUUUUUUAAAUUUUCACUGAUUUGUUCCCUGUGUCUUUGUGGACUUUGUUUUCUCUCUUGAAUCCAUUUUACUAUCUCUGUCCACACCACUGGGUUUGUGUGACUACCUUUCCUUCUUGCCAUUUAGAACUACCUUUUUGUCUUUCUGCAACAUUGACUCUUCUCUCUUUUCCUUCUCUCUUAAUUUCUCUUGCUAUCGUAUUUUUUACUUUACUUUUAUUAUUUGUCUGUAAAAUAUUUUGAAACUGUUUGUAUGAAAGAUGCUAUAUGUAUAAAAAUUGUAAGCUGUUGUGCAGUAUUGCAGUUAACUGUCACAUCUCAGUUCAGAUGUGGUUGCAGCCUCACCGGUGACCAAAGUGAUUCCUAUGUGUAUAAUUUGAAGAGUACUCUGAGGGUACGUCUAUGCAGCCCACAGCAGUGAGUGUCAGAGCCCGAGUUGAUAAACUUGAUGUCGCUGUGUAGACGGUUGUGUAGAUGCUCCGGCUCUGAAGCCCACCUUCCUCACCAGGCUUCAGAGCCUGAGCUCUGGCCCAAGCUGCAAUGUUUAUGCAGCUGUUUUUAGCAUGUUAGUGGAAGUUUGAGUCUAUCAACUCGGGCUGUGAGACUUGCUGUGUCUGUAGGCUGAAGAAGGGAAAAAUUUUGACGUAUGACCAUAACCUUCCAAUGGCUAAUGGGAAAUGUAACUAGAAAAAAAAAAAGAUGAAUACUGAAUUUUCUUUUUUAGGAAUUUUUCGACGAGAUAGAAGAUUUAAAGUAUGCUCUACAAGAAUCAAUAAAACUGAAUAAUCAGUAUGAAAAGUGCUUGAAACACAUAAGUU